UAAGGGGGUUGAGGGAGCUUCUAGGUUGAGAGUAGGAAGAGGAAGAUUAAUAUAGCUUGUAUCCAAGAGACCAAAUGGGUAGGUCCUAAAGCUAAGGAGGUAGACGGGUAUAAGCUGUGGUUCUCUGGUAGGUCGAAGUAUAGAAAUGGGGUGGGCAUUUUAGUAGAUAGUGAAUUAAGGGAUCAGGUGGUAGAGGUUAGGAGAGUCACUGUUAGGAUGAUGUCGAUUAAGGUGGUUGUUGAAGGACUCACUUUGAACAUUAUUAGUGUAUAUGCGCUGCAAGCGGGCUUAGGCGACGAGGAGAAGAGGCGCUUUUGGGAGGAUUUGGACGAAUUAGUGGGAGGCAUACCGCCUACUGAGAAGCUAUUCGUGGGAGGUGAUUUCAAUGGACACAUCGGACCUAUUUCGGGAGGUUAUGAUGAUGUGCAUGGAGGCUUCGGCUUCGGGGACAGGAAUGGAGGAGGAGUCUCACUUUUGGAUUUUGCAAGAGCUUUUGGGUUGGUGAUAGCCAAUUCGAGUUUUCCAAAGAAUGAGGAACACUUGGUAACCUUCCACAGUUCGGUGGCUAAGACUCAAAUAGACUUUUUACUCCUUAGGAAGGAUGAUAAAGGUCUGUGCAAGGAUUGUAAGGUCAUUCCGAGCGAAUAUCUUACAACCCGACAUAAGCUCUUGGUGAUGGAUUUAGCGAUCAAGAUGAUGAGGAAGAAGAGGGUCGUGGAGGACCGACCUAGGAUCAGAUGGGGGAGUUUGACCACUAUUAGUGCCCUGGAGAUGAGAGAGAAAUUGAAGGAUAUGGGGGCCUGGGAUAGUAGUGGGGAUGCGACCAGUAUGUGGGAUAAGACGGCUAGUUGCAUUAGGGUGGUAGCAAGGGAAGUGUUGGGGGUCUCGACAGGUAGUCAUGGUCAGCAUCGAGGGGACUGGUGGUGGAAUGGAGAAGUUCAAGGGAAGGUGGAAGCAAAGAAGGUGGCGUAUGCGAAGUUGAUAGAAAGCAAGGAUGAGGUGGAGAAGUGGAAGAAUACAGAACUUUAUAAGAUGGCGAGGAAGGAGGCGAAGUUGGCGGUUUCGAUGGCAGAAACGACAGCUUUUGAACACAUUCUAUUCGCUGUGCAUCAACGGAAAAUUUUCCGAGGUGUAACAGAUAGGUUGGCAGAAUAUUCACCAUACACCAAUGGGAAACCAGACAACAAACUUAACUAA